GCCAAGCUAUUCAAUUUUGGGCAACAAUUUUUAAACAUAAGAAUUGUAAAACGAAUAAAAAUAUUAGAAUGGCGGUAUCAUUGGAUAUUGAAGACAUAUUGUCCCAGGGCAAGCACUUUAUACCCGACCUGAUCAUCACCCACAACGAUUUGGCCAAGCCCAGCAUGGCUAUUCUCACCAAGAUCUUUGUUCAUUAUCUGCGAUGCUUCGGCUUUCGAGUGGAACCACCUUUUAAGCUGGGCAGCGAAACCAUAGAUCAGUCGCGGGAGACGCGGGUGUUCCUGAUCCGCCUCUGCCGCCAAAUAGAGAGCAUCGUGAAGAUUGCAUAUCCCAACAAGACGUACCUCUACAUGGACUUGAUCAAGCCAGCAAACAAAAAGACACUCAACACCCUGGGCCAUCUAUUUAACUAUCUUGCAUACUACAAAAUGUUCAAGAAGAAUGUCCUGGGACCCGUUGAACAGGGUAUCAAGGUCCGGGACGCGUUGUUGGCCGAGGUCAAAGUCAAGCAGAACGAGUUGGAUCAGCAUAGGAAGACGGUAGCCACCAUUACAGAGGAUAUGGAAGCGUGCAAGCUGGAGAUUGCCCAAAUGAAGGCGGAGCUCCAUGAGUCCAAGAUGAAGCUCGUACAGCUAAAGAAAAGCGCCAGCGAGCAGGAGAACGCCUUGGAAAACCUGGAGCAGCAGGAGAAUGAACAGAGCAAGCGCAUCACGCACUGGGAGCAGCUGGUGGUGGAGGAACACCAAGUUAUGGAACUAAAAAAGCAAAUCCAGAGCACCUCUUCGCACGUCGAGAGUUGCAAAAAGGAGCUGGCCAGCAAGGAACAGAUAAUUAAUAGCCAGCGCAGCAAGAUCGAGGCCAGCCAAAAGAUCGUUAUGGCACUGGAAAAGGCAACGCCCUUGAUGCUGUUUUCCCAGUUGGACGAGUACAAGGAGAAUACCAAGCAACUAGAGGCAAUUCGUAAGCAGUUACCCGCUCUGGAGGCUCGAAAUCAAAAGACCCUCCAGGAGGCUGAGACAAGGAAGAAACUGCUUCGCGAUGAGAAGCAACAGAUUCAGCAACUAAGGGAAAAACACAAGACCGACUCCAAAGAUGCCCAGGAGCAAUCGAAAAGCGGGAGACUGAUAUCAAAGGCCGGGAUAAGACGGUUAAGGAACUGCAGAACGAGAAUGAGACUCUGGCCGAGCAGAUCGAAAAACAGGAACACAUUCGCGGCAUUUUGUGUGAGAAUCUCGAGAUCAUCCUCGGCGAAAACAGCAAGUGGCAUUAGGUUAGCACUAAUUAUACGGAUUUUAUUCUAAAACUGCAAACAGCUCAGCUCGUUUUUUUAUUGGUUAGGACUGAACGGAGGGGGGUGCCGGGUAACU